GUCAAAUUCCCCUCUCUCUCAACGAAACAGAUAUUUUCAGAAUCUAGAUCAGGAAAAAAAGAUGCCAUCGAGAUUGGCGAUUUUCUGCGAGGUUGUACUCGCAAUCCUCCUCCCUCCUCUCGGCGUCUGCCUCCGCCAUGGAUGCUGCACUACGGAGUUCUUUAUCUGCUUGAUUCUGACUAUACUCGGAUACAUUCCCGGAAUAAUUUACGCGCUGUACGCAAUUCUGUUCAUCGAUCGCGAUAAAUACCGCAACAGUGGAGAUUACUACGAGGUUGCCUAGUAAUACUAAUUCUUCCUAAUUUCCUCGCUGUUGUUUUUUUUUUUUUUUUGUUGUUUUGUGUGUGUUGUUGUGUUGAUUGCUCGCCAAGUGUUCGAUCUAUUGUCUGAAAGAUCUGCUACUUUGAUUUCAUAAUUUGUUGCUGUACUUGAUGACUUGAUGAUGUUGGUUUAAUUGAGAAGUUGUUUCUUUUGUUUGAUUCA